AUGUUCUGGAUUGCGGAACCAUUGAGGUUCACCGAACCAUUAGGCAAGAAUAUCCUCAUUUUGGACGUCGACAGCCGCCAUCUUGAUAGCCCAAAGGGUGUUUUGAGCAAGGCUCCAUUGAACGCGACCGGACUUCCCCCAGAUACCAGUGGAAGACUCAACCACUUUAUGUUCGCAAUGAUUCACGGCUACGACUACCGACUCGUUCAAAUCCCCCAGACAGUCGGUCGAUCUGCAACAUGGACCAAGGUUACUGCGAUCAGGGAAGCGUUAAAACACUACGAAUACGUUGUAUUUAUAGAUGCAGAUGCCAUGAUGCCCUAUCCCAAUCUGCCCAUGGAAUGGCUAUUCAACUACUGGGAGAUCACUCCAGAGACUCUAGUUGCCAUGGCUCUUGAUCCAGACGCACCCCACAACCGUGAUUGGAAUAGCCGCACAUUUCUUAACACGGGUUUUAUUAUUGCCCAACAAAGCCCUCGUACCCAUGAACUCUUUGAGGCGUGGGAGAAUUGCCCUAACGAAACGCGCUAUCCAGAGUGCGGGAGGUGGGGUGGGGAAUGGCCACAUGAGCAAUCUGCAUUUGGAAACCAUGUUAGGUAUGACUUCAACAGAUCGGAAGACAUUCGUGUCUUGCCUUGUACAGAGGCAAAUGGGUGCCCUGAGGUCGCAGCUACCGGGUGUGCUGGGGAGUUGGUGAGGCACUAUUGGGGUGACAAGAGUUCGCUGCCGGCUGGUGUUGGGGAUGCAAUCUUACAGUACUUUUUGCCGCAGUUGCACGGGACUUUUUAUCACAAUUCUCGUGCUUUGGUGGUGAAUAGGACUGAGCGUGUUUUUGCAUGA